GUCUCUCUCCCUCUGAGCUCCCGGUGCUCUCUCGCUCCCUCUAGGCUCGUCCAUCGGAACUGAUCGGAACUCAGAUGACUCGGAAGCGUACGGAAGGUACGGAAGCAGUGGAGGAAGCCGUCGAGGGCAGAGGUCGAGGGUAACAGCACCCUAUGAAUCGUUCGCUGCGAUCACACAGUAAUGCUGCUUUUCUACGCGGUUUCCCUUCUUAUCUCGUGUGUGAACGUUCUGUGCGCCCUAGUGAACCCUUACGAAACUUUAGGAGUGCCCCGAUCUGCAGACGCAGCGGAAAUUAAAAGGGCCUACAAGCGGUUAGUCAGGGAAUGGCAUCCUGACAAAAACAAGGAUCCUGCGGCGUCGGAGAAAUUUAUUGAAGUGACUAAAGCUUACGAGCUCCUAACAGACCCGGAGCGCAAAGAAAGCUUCGACAGGUAUGGACAGACGGAGGACACGCCAAACUUUAGGAGGCAGCCGGAUUACAGCCAGUUUAACAGAUUCGAGUUUGACCCCUUUGAAAGUAUGUUUGCGAAAGGAAACAUGAAAUUCCAGUUUAAAUUCGCCCAAGGCUCAGUGUUCCACAAGGCGACGAUUACGCUCAAGGCUUACGAGAAUCGGGUGGUGCCGGACAGCAACUACAAGCCAUAUUUCGUCCUUUUCUACGGCGACCUAUGCUUCCCGUGCCUACACGUCGAGCCCAUCUGGCAACGGAUCGUCCAAGAGAUGGAACCCCUCGGUGUGGGGUUUGCGACGAUUCACGCCCAGCACGAGGCCCCCCUGGCGCAGCGCAUCGGGGUCGGGGGCCUGCCCUACUUGGUGGCUCUGGUGGAGGGGCGGCCCAUCCACUACCGCCAGGACCAGCUCAGCCUUGUCAACGCGGUGGACUUCUGCAGGCAGCUGUUUCCCCGGGACACCGUCACAAUAGUUGACGAUGUCGCCGCCCUCGACGACUUCCUCUCUGGAUGGUCGGACAACCGUGUUCGGGCGGUGGUGUUCAGCCCGUCGGCGUCGGUGCGGUUGCGCUACCUGCUGGCUGCGUUCCAGUUCCGGGAGCGGGUGCGCUUUGGCUACGUGCGCCUGGGACGCCCAGAGUCGGAGUCCCUGCGGCGCCGCUAUGCCGGCGUGGGACCCCGGCAGGAGUCGCUCCUGGUGUUCAACGAGCACACGGCCGGACCCGUGGCCUUGCUCAGCAUGGCCGAGCUGGACCCUCAGGCGCUCAGGGACGUGCUCAGUGCGAAUCGGUUUCUGAUUUUGCCGCGGCUGUCCUCCCAGCUGCUCUUCGAUGAGCUGUGCCCACCGGAAGCGCUGAGGUCCCGUCGCCGUUUGUGCGUCGUGCUCGUGACCGCCAACACCGCGAAGCACGACCCCCACCGGGCACAGCUCAGGGACUACGUCCAGCAGAAGGGCUUCCCCACCGAGCGAGUCAGGUUCACCUUUGUGUACAAGGAGAAGCAGGCGGAGUUUGUGAACACCUUGAGCUCCGGGGAGGAGUCCCCCAAGGACCCGAUGCUGCACCUGGUCAUCAUCUGGCGGAGGAACCAGAACAUGGUCCAGUACCAGUGGAUCGACUCCCCCUGGGAAGACGACCUCCACAGGCUGAAUGAGACGAAGCAGGAGCUGGAGAAUGCGCUGUCGCGGCUGCUGCAGUCCUCGGAUGCGCUUCCCCACGACGCGCGCCUCGGGGUGCUGGCAGACGAGCAUGCCCGGGGCCUGCUGGGGCGCCUGCUACGGCGCCUGGUGCUCAUGGGUGACGUGCUGAGGGACCACCUGACCCGCUACGAGGUGCUGCCUGCCCUCUCCGUGGCCCUCUCCUUCGGCUUCAUCGUCCUCGUCGGAUACUUCAUGUCCUACCUUGUGCAAAUGGAAGAGAAGAGCAUCCAGGAGAGGUACAGACGCGAGGGAAGAGUGCCUCCCUCUGCGGCCAAGCCCAAGCCCGAAUGCAAGCUGACCAUCCACGAGCUAAGGGGUGAGACGUACAACGGCCUGGUGCGUCUGCUCAAGCCGGGCUGCCGCACGGUCGUUCUUCUGGUCGACCAAGAGUCCAAGCCCAAGCUGCUGCCCCAGUUCUUCCGAGCCGUCUUCCCCUACCGCAAGAACAAGACUCUCAUGUUUUCCAUGCUGCUUCUGGAGAAGAACCUGGAGUGGUACCGCAAGAUCCUGUCGCAGACACUGUCAGAGCGUAGGACCCUCAACAUCAACCCCAAGAACUGCAUCGGGACGGUGCUGUCCCUUAACGGGCACCGCAAAUACUUCUGCGUCUACCACGCCAAGCACCUGGAGCCUGCUGUGCUCAAAAAGAAAAAAGAAACUGGCGGAGAUUUCAUCGGGUUCGAGGACUCGAGCAGCGGGUCGGAGGCAAGCGACGUGGAGUCUGGCCGUCUGCUCGGCCGGCAGGAAGAGGUCGACUCGGACGUGUACGGCAGCAUCCUUUUCGAAGAGCACCUCCUCGACGGACUGCCCAACUGGCUGGACCGGCUGUUCGAAGGCACCACCAAGCGCUACUACAUCCAGUACUGGCCGGAGUGCAUGAAGUAGCCGUUUCCCCUCUCCUCUACGACGGGGCGCCGUCCUCUCUUCGACAUCCGGCCACCCCACUGCGUUGGGGGUGUGGAGUGGGCUGCGCCGACCUCUUUUACGUUUUCCUGCAUUUGUUUGAUGUCGUUUCCAAGUUAUACCAACCGCUUCCUUGGAAACCUCGGGCUGUCGUACAAGGAAAACGCCAGCGACGGUCUUGUCGUCGUCUCUUUUUAGAUCCUUCUCAUGGGUGUGUUCAAGCUGCAAAAACAGAAUUUAUAAGAGAACACCUUGCUAUACUCCGUCCACCUCUAAGCCGAGAUUGCAGCCAAUGCCACAGCAGGCACUCGCACGCUAGAGAUGCACGUCUCAAAGCUAGGAGCACGGGUUAGCUCGCGCUUGUAGCUGAACGGAGUAUAUCAAUGAGCGUAAGAACUGGUCAGAUGGCUGGGGGCACUUGCAAGCUGUGUGAUUCUAUGAAUGUGUCCAUUAGGAACAGGCAAGUUGUUCGUUGUCCGUUUGAUCGGACAUAACGAAGCCAUACUGUCCAGAAUUUGGGCCUAGCACUCCCAUAAAUCCGACGUCCGUCUUUCAGGUAUGAACCGCCAGUAGCCUAGUCUCGGGAGAAGGGACAGAGCGACCUUGUUUGCCUUGCUGUUGCCAGGAAAGUUGAGCGUCGCGUCGUUUCUGCAGCUUGUUGCACGACUCGGUGCUCCGACGUGUGGCAGUUGUUCGACCCCCUCCGACAUUGAUCUUUAUUGUGCCAGUGUUUGUGCGAGGUUGUGUCACUUUGUGUUUGCGUGGCCACGUGGUGGGACAUUUUAUUUAAAAGAUGCGAGGACUACUCUCCAGUGUGGGAGAGUGCAGAGGGCGACGAAAUACUCACGUGGAGGGGGGGGGGACCACGAACACCGUUUCUGCACUCCCUUUCUGCCUCCCCUGGUUGUCAAAUUGUAAAUAGGGGCGGCCGAAAGCGCAGUCUUAAUUACUUAAUGCAAGUUGUGAUAACCAGAUUGUUUCGAAGUGUCUCGAAAGUCUCUCUGCCUAAGAGCGAACUACCUGAAUGCUGUUUUGUUUCUCCUUGUCAUGAAGGGUGGUAUUGGUUAAUGUCCUAAUGCGAUUGGGGAUUACGUCGGUUGUCCCAGUUUCGUGAAGUACGCCGUCAUUUACGCGUGUUCACAGGUCAUCACACAUACGGUACUGUUCAAAGGCUGGUAGUUCCCAGUCCUAGUCAUAGGCAAUUUCCCGGCGGACAUUCUCUUGCAAGUGCAUCGACAAAGGAUCACAACUGCUGUGGCGCAGUAUCAUCUUUGCACUAGUGAUGUAGCGUGGCAUUGUUUUAGUAUACAUUUUAGAACUUUGCAUUAAAAAACAUAGAUUUUACUAUAUAUGCUCUCAGGUCACGCACUUAUAGUCUUGUAUCCUGCAGAGUGUGAGCAUUAUUUAUUAUGCGCCGUUGUUGAGCGGGGGUGUCGUAUCUGCGUCUGCGUUCGCAGAGCGCAAGCGCAUCUAUGCGACAGUUGACGAAAGACCAGCCCUGCUGGUUUGAUCCAUGUAGAUCAUCUCUUAGAGUUGAUCGGUUCCUGUUUAGGACAACCAAUAAAAGAAAAUAUUGUA